AUGGAGGUCUCCCUUUGGGACACCGCUGGCCAAGAGGAAUUCGAUCGCCUACGUUCCCUCUCAUACGAUGACACGCAAGUCAUAAUGUUGUGCUUUAGCGUCGACAGUAAUGACUCGCUGGAGAACGUUGAAUCGAAGUGGCUAGCGGAAAUUGCCGAACACUGCGCUGGAGCUAAAAUCGUCCUUGUCGCCUUGAAGUGCGAUCUGAGAGAAGAGGUCGAUGAGAAAGAUGGAGAGGAGGGAAGAUCGCAAACUCCGGCGAAAUCAAUCGUUAGAUACGACCAGGGACUCGAAGUGGCUAAGAGAAUUGGUGCGCUGAGAUAUCUAGAGUGCUCCGCCAUGCGAAAUCGCGGCGUCAACGAGGCCUUCACAGAGGCUGCUAGAGUUGCACUGACAGUAAAGCCUGCGAGAUCUUCAGACAGCAGGGUUGACAAGUGUGUGAUCCUGUGA